AACGGUUCUUGAAGCUGAGCUUUGGAUUCUUGGUUGAUUGAUUCAGGGGAUAAACUAAAGGAACGCUGUCAGUGGGGGCAAUUUGAAAAGAUUUUCGUUUCUUUUCAUGUCUGCUGGUCUCUUUCUCGCUGCUUUUCUCUUGGGAAAGACGAAGAUUGCAGAGGGAGUUGAAAAAAUAUGAAGAGUAAAAUAAAGAUCAAACGUCUGAGAAAAGAUGGAGUUAGGCAGGAUUUGGGGAAGGUGAUGAAGUGCCUCUAUUCUGGAGAGCAACUACAAGCUGUAGAUAGGAUGACUCCUUCAUCUGAAUCUGUAGCAACUAGAGACUAUUCUCUGAGCAAGUGUUCUUCAGGAGUCAGUGAGGGCGAGAAGAAGCCAGAUACCCGGAAUAUAGAAGAAGCUGAAAUAUCUCUGCGUGAGGGUGGUUCCUUGAAUUAUGAGGAAGCAAGAGCACUGUUGGGAAGAAUUGAAUAUCAGAAGGGAAAUUUAGAAGCUGCAUUGCAUGUAUUUGGAGGAAUAGAUAUUGCUGCAAUAGCUCCCAAAAUGAAACUCGCCCUUAGCAGAAGUGUAGAACAUCAUCAUAAGAGACAAUCUGAUAACUUUGAUGCUCCACCUAUGUCUAUCCAUGCUGUUAGUUUGCUAUUUGAAGCAAUCUUUCUCAAAGCCAAAUCAUUGCAGCAUCUUGGGAGGUUCAAAGAAGCUGCUCAAACUUGCAAAGUUAUUGUGGACACAGUUGAAUCUUCCUUACCAGAAGGCUUGCCUGAAAAUUUUGGUGUUGACUCCAAAUUAAAGGAGACUCUAAACAAGGCAGUUGAGUUGCUUCCAGAAUUAUGGAAACUUGGUGAUUGUCCACUUGAAGCAAUCUUGUCGUACCGGAGAGCUCUUCUCCAUCAAUGGAAUCUUGAUGCAGAAACUUUUGCAAGGAUUCAAAAGGAGUAUGCCAUAUUUCUUCUGUAUUCUGGAGGUGAAGCAAGCCCUCCUAACCUCCGCUCCCAAAUGGACAGUUCAUUUGUCCCCAAAAACAACACAGAGGAAGCCAUACUCCUCUUGAUGAUACUACUAAGAAAAGUUUCUCUCAAAAGAAUUGAAUGGGAUCCAUCAAUCUUGGAGCAUCUUUCAUUUGCUCUCUGUGUGUCUGGGGCUUUGACUGCUUUAGCUAAUCAGGUAGAGGAGCUGAUUCCAGGUAUAAUUGAUCGUAAAGAAACAUACCACACUCUAGCUCUCUGUUAUGCUGGAGCAGGUGAAGAUUUAGUUGCUUUGAAUUUAUUGAGAAAAUUGUUGAGCAAUAGAGAGGAUCCCAACUGUGUUCCAGCCUUAUUAAUGGCUGCAAAAAUUUGUGGUGAAAACAAUAUUCUUGCAGAAGAAGGGAUAACUUUUGCUUGUAAAGCCCUUGGAAACUUGGAGGGCAGAUGCAACGAAUUGAAAGGUACAGCAAAUUUUUUAUUAGGCAUGUCACUCUCAGCACAUUCUAAAUCAUCGCUUGCAGAAUCUGAGAGGAUCAAAGAACAAUCUGAGGCACUUCAUGCCCUAGAAGGCACCAGAAAAAUUACAAAAAUGAAGGAUCUCAAUAUUCUUUACCAUCUUAGCCUGGAAAAUGCGGUGCAGAGAAAGUUGGAUUCUGCAUUUUACUAUGCAAGGUUGUUCCUAAACCAAGAAGGUGGAAUGAACAUUAAAGGAUGGCUGUUAUUGGCUCGGAUAUUGUCUGCUCAGAAACUCUUUAUUGAUGCUGAAACCGUAAUUAAUGUUGCCUUGGAUCAAACUGGCAAGUGGGAUCAGGUAGAACUUCUACGGACUAAGGCUAAGCUUCAAAUUGUCCAGGGUCAAGUAAAGAGUGCUAUUCAAACAUAUGGUGAACUUAUUGCUGUUCUUCAAGUGCAGAGGAAAACCUUAGGCUCUGGGAAGAAGCUUGAUAAGGACCAUCCAAAGUCUUCUAGAAGUUUAGAACUGGAUAUAUGGCAUGAUCUAGCUUAUCUCUAUAUAAGCUUAUCACAGUGGCAGGAUGCAGAGAUAUGUCUUUCCAAAUCCAAAGCCAUUGGCUUUUACUCUGCUACUAGGUGUCAUGCAACUGGUGUACUUUACAAGAGAAAGGGCUUCCUGAAAGAAGCAUUAGAAGCCUUCAUGAUUGCUUUGGAUAUUGAUCCUGCUCACGUCCCAAGCUUGAUAUCCUCAGCUGAGAUUCUCAUGCAACUCAGUUCCCAGCCAAGUUCAGUCAUUAGAAGCUUCCUGAUGACUGCCCUUCAUUAUGAAAGAAUGAACCCAGUGGUCUGGUUUAAUCUUGGCUUGCUUAGCAAAGGUGAAGGCACAGCAUCGUCCAUGCAAGAAGCAGCUGAAUGUUUCAAGGCUGCAGCAUUUCUCGAAGAGACUGCACCAGUUGAACCAUUCAGGUGACAAGCCCCCCAUGCAAAUGUAUGGUCUCUGUAAACAGCAUCUACAGUGUGCUUUUUCCCUAUAUUUGUUCUCAGCAUAGUCAUUCAUUGAAAAGGCAAUAAAAUGCUAAAGUAUUUAUUUCCCCCUUAGCUUUGGUUGAGCAGGAUUCUGAACAGAGGGAUGUAUUCAAAGAUUGCAUAUAUAUCAAAGAUUGAUUCUGGUUU